AUGACGAGCUUCGUUUUAUCUUGUCGCCUUCACCUGCAUAAUGACAUCAACCUACAGUCACACAGGCAGUGGGGGCAGGGGGGGAAGCGGUGGCGACGGCCCUGGGCGAGGGGAGGCCAGGGAACUGCUGGGGUCGUCCCGGUGGUCCCCGGGGAGGUGGUGGUGGUGAAGGGGCAGCCAUUCGACGUGGGCCCAUGUUACACGCAGCUGCAGUACAUCGGCGAAGAUGCGGACAUGGUCAGCUCAGCUUAUGACCACGUGCGCAAGACCAGAGUGGCUAUCAAGAUUAGCCCCUUCGAGCAUCAAACCUACUGUCAGCGCACACUGAGAGAAAUCCAGAUCUUGCUGCGUUUCCGCCAUGAGAAUGUCAUAGGCAUCCGAGACAUCCUCAGAGCACCCACCCUGGAAGCCAUGAGAGAUGUUUACAUUGUUCAGGACCUCAUGGAGACGGACCUGUACAAGCUGCUUAAGAGCCAGCAGCUGAGCAAUGACCACAACUGCUACUUCCUCUACCAGAUCCUCCGGGACCUCAAGUACAUACGCUCGGCCAAUGUGCUGCACCGGGACCUGAAGCCCUCCAAUCUGCUUAUCAACACCACCUGAGACCUUAAGAUCCGUGAUUUUGGCCUGGCCUGGAUUGCUGACCCUGAGCACGACCACAUUGGCUUUCUGACCGAGUAUGUGGCCACACGCUGGUACCGAGCCCCAGAGAUCAUGCUUAACUCCAAGGGCUACACCAAAUCCAUUGACGUCUGGUCUGUGGGCUGCAUUCUGGCUGAGAUGCUCUCCAACCGGCCUAUCUUCCCCGGCAAGCACUACCUGGACCAGCUCAACCACAUAGGUAUACUGGGUUCCCCAUCCCAGGAGGACCUAAAUUGUAUCAUUAACAUGAAGGCCCGAAACUACCUACAGUCUCUGCCCUCUAAAACCAAGGUGACUUGGGCCAAGCUUUUUCCCAAAUCUGACUCCAAAGCUCUUGACAUGCUGGACCGGAUGUUAACCUUUAACCCAAACAAGUGCAUCUCAGUAGAGGAAGCACUGGCUCACCCUUACCUGGAACAGUACUAUGAUCCGACAGAUGAACCAGUGGCAGAGGAGCCAUUCACCUUUGACGUGGAACUGGAUGAUCUCCCCAAGGAGCUGCUGAAGGAGCUGACCUUACAAGAGACAGCCCGCUUCCAGCCAGGGGCACCAGAGGCCCUCUAACAAGAACAGACACCCCUGUCCUUUUGGAUCUGGUCCUGCUCCUACCUGCUCCUUCUCUGCAGAUUGUUAGAAAAUGAACUUUGCUCAAUCCGGACCCCGGCAGCCCAGGCUGGACCAAGGGUGGGCCUGGCCACCUUCUCUCACUCUGCCGGGGUCUCCUGCUUCAAGCAGGCUUCUCCCACUCCAGUCCCCUGCCCCAUCUCCCCUUGGCCUGAGUGAUGAGGUGGCCCCAGAGCUGAUCUCUGCUGCUGUGUCUUAAUCUAUC